AUGGCCCGGGUUAAACAGACGGCAAGGGAUCCCGAUUACAAGUCCGAUGAUGCAGCCGUUGAUCCGGUUGACCCUAUAAAUCAAGAACAAGCCGAGGAACCGGCUGAGAUGGGUCCUAAUGAAGAGGUUCCGCAAAAUUCCCCGAAUACACCUAGCACACCAGGUGACAGUAUCUUGGAUAGCUCUGGUUCCAACGCUGAGGAAUCCGGAGAGGGAUCCGAAGAAGCAAAAAGAAUGGUGCCACCAGAGAAGACACCGGCUACUUCUGCCAUUCUUUUGCGGAAGAAGCAAUUUGAAGAGAAAAAGGCGGGGCUGGCCGCCAAAAAUGCCGGGGCCAGGAGCCAAGUCGUACCUCGCUCUGUAGCGAGUAUGCAAAAACGACCGGCUGGGAAUAUUCCCAAGCCAGCUGCCAAAGUGCCUAGGGUGGCGGCUCCUGCCCCAGCUGCUUGUCACACAAAGAAGACGCCUGACAAGGACAUGCCAACAACAGCAGAUACAACCUCCAGCCGUCCAAACUAUCAGCAAUAUGCUAAGAGGAUGGUCAAGACCAUUACUCGGUCUGAGAGGGAAGCUGUGCCGGCUUUGCACACGGUCAAUCUUGACCGGAUCACUUCUCUUCUUGCUGAGACGCUGCUGAGAGUUGAUGGGCUUAGCGUCCCUCUGCGCAAGAAGCAAGAGGAGGUAAGAGAAGCUCAGAAGCGCGCAUCUGAGCUUAUUGACGUUUGCCAAUUCAAUGCCCUUUCAUAUGACUUGGAAACUGAACAAAGGAAGUUGCAACAGGAGGAACUGCUGAAGAAGGUGGCUGAGGCUGGAGAGGCAGCUGUGAAGAGAGUUAAUGAGCUUGAGUUGCAAGUAAAAAAUCUUCAAACUGACCUUAAAGCUCUAGAGAAUACUGACAAGGAGAAUGCUGAUCUCCGGAAGGACAACAGUCGGUUGGUUUACGAGGCAAAGGUACUCGGCGCUGAACCUCCUCCUGCUUUUGACGAGUGGGCUGAGCGCAACACAAAGAUUCAGCCGGAUGAGGCUAAUCAAGAAGCGCCAGUAGCGGAUCAGCAAGAAGUGGUGGAGCAGUCAGCCGAAGUUCUAGUCGAUCCAACUCAGCAGCCGGAGCAUCAGCAACAGCAAACUCAACAACAACAACAACCUCAACAGCAACAACAACCAUAA